GAAGUGACUUGGAAAUGCAUGAGCUCAGAUGAAGCAUAGAGAAGAGAAUCUAUAGGAGAGAUGGAGAACACUUACGGCUGUUCAUCAAAGACAACAAAGGAUGUUUCUCUUCAAGAAAUUAGAGAUAGGCUUGCUGAGUUUGCUGAAGUAAGAGGAUGGGUUCAAUAUCACAGUCCUAGAAAUCUCCUUCUAGCACUAGUGGGAGAGGUGGGAGAGCUAUCUGAGAUAUUCCAAUGGAAGGGAGAAGUUGCAAGAGGACUACCCAACUGGAGUUCUGAUGAUAAGGAGCAUCUAGAAGAGGAACUCUCGGAUGUUUUGCUCUAUCUAGUACAACUUGCUGAUAUCUGUGGGCUUGAUCUUGGACAAGCGGCUCUGACAAAAAUUGUCAAGAAUGCUAAGAAGUACCCUGUUAUGAAUCAGACUUCUACCUAGCUACAACUAGAAGCACCCCCAUCAACCAGCUUUACUAUGUAUUUUCAAUUGUUGAGCUGAUCGAGCUUAUCAUCAACAAUAAAUCUAGCUUCCAAAAAAAACAGUGCGUCUUUCUAUCUCUCUCUCUCUCGUUAAUGUUGGAGAGUAGGUCUAGUUUGUUACUAAAAACCAUACAUGCGACUCUUAUCUUUGUUUCAUGUAUGGAGAGCAUGUUGCUGUGUUGUUGUAAUUUUUUUUCUUUUCUUUUUCUGGCUGAAUGUAUGGAGAGCAUGUUAUAAGCGUAAAGAGUUCGAAGCUA